UGGUAUAAAUAGUGACGUCACACCACACAAAACGAAUCAGCCACCAACAGCUGUUGAGGUGAAUGUUAAUACUGCAGCCAGAGAGGCCACUUGAGUAACCCUCCUCCCCUAGCUGGGUAUAUAGAGGUAGGUCUCACCGCAACAGCAACCAGUUCGCCAAAGAAAUGGCUGCUCUACUGGCACUUAUAACUGGGUGUUGUUUGUUUAGUUGGUGUUUUGCUACACUGGAUAUCGAUACACUCGGUAGGACGGUAGCCGAAUUAAAACUUAAAGUAUCAGAUUUACAAACGGCGAAGAACAUAGACAGGCAAACGAUACGUCAUCUAGAAUCACAAUUACAGAAUCGACGAUCAAUUUUAGAGAGUUUAGAAAGGGAUCGUACUUAUCUUAACAAGUUGGAGAAUCAAUUGAGAGAAUUGAAAUCCGAAUUAAGAAGAUUUGUAGGAAUUAAAGAAAGAGAAACCGAAGUUACUGGUGAAGUUAGUUCAUUAUGGCUACAAACAGAUUCGUUGAGAGAAGAAAUAGGUGCUCUAAGAAGGGAUAUACAAUCGGUUAAGACUAGAAGAGAAGAAGACGAAGUGUAUCUGAAUCAAGCCAAAAGUAAUCAAGUGUCUAGUAAAUGGGUGCAACGUAAUUUAGACGAAUUAAGGAAUCAAAUUGCAGACGUUGCAAGAGCCGUUAAUCUUUCGGCAUCGUUAACUCAGAAGCAAAAUGUCGAUUCUAAUCUUAAACUGGUGAGGAAAGAUUUUCUAACUUUUCGUAAAGAAUUAGAAGAAAUGAAAGCUGCACAAAAGAGGAGUUGGGCCGGACAAAGUUUAACUCAACAAGAUUUAUCGGAAUUAAGAUGGAGGAUACAGAAAUUGUUAGUGGCACAAGCUCAUCAGAAUAAGGAGGUGAAUUAUUUACGUGAAGAAAUAUUACGGCAUCCAUUAAACGAUCCAAAAAUGCUGGAAAAGAGUACAGAUGUACAGAACGGCGGCCAUAACGAGAACGAACACAAGAAACGUCACCACUGGAAGGCAGAACUCUCUUCGCUGAAGCAAACCGUAGCUAAAAUGGCAAUAAAUCAAGCCCACCUAUUAACCGAUUUACAAGAAACGAAACAAGGGUACACUGACUUGAACGCAACCGUUCAUCACAUCAAUCAAGUGACCGACAGACUGUACAAUCAAACAAUGAAUUGGCAAUCGGAUCACGACGUCUUGCUUCAAGAAGUUCACGAAAUUCGCGAAAGAUUCGAACUUUUAGAAGAAGAAUCGUCUGAAAACCGAGAAAAGAUCCAUAGCAUUAACCAUUCUGUUGCUAGCAUCGAUAAAUUACACGAUUCGACCAUGCAACUCUUUAAAACAAUGGGAAUCAUGGAAGAUAAGUACGAUAAAAACAUGCACGAUUUACAGAAAGAAAUGUCGAAAUUGGAAUAUGUCGUUUCACAAGUACAAACUUCUUAUGAAAUUCUUCACGAAAAUCAAGCUGAUUCAACAGAAACUUUGAGGAAUUUAAAGAAUAGAUUUACUCAAUUGCAAUAUCAGAUCGACGAAGAUCGUGUACGUCUUGUAAACGUACAGCAUCAAUUGGUGAACAAAUCGUUAAAUUCAUGUUGGGAACGUAACGAUCUGACUGAAUUACAAGUGAAAAUGAACGGAUUAGAAGAAUCCACGAAAGAUAUCCUUAACAGAUUAAAUAAAGAUAAAGAAGAUAUUGAAUACAGCGAAGAUUACACUCCCGACUGUUCAGAAAUUCGUAAUGCUGGAAUUCACUUAAUAAAAUCAACACAAGAUUCAAUUGGGAGCCAAGUAUACUGCGACGGUAAUGGAUGGAUGACGAUACAAAAGAGACAGAGCGGAGGAAUUAACUUCAAUAGAGGUUGGAUCAGCUAUAAACAAGGUUUUGGACAUCCUUCCAGUGACUUCUGGUGCGGAAACGAAUUGCUGUACAAUUUAACCAACACGGGCAAUUACACGCUUCGCAUCGACAUGUGGGACGUUAAUGGUGUUCACACACAAGCCAUUUACGAUCGCUUCAGAAUUUCUUCGGAGAGUAAUAACUAUCAGUUACACAUUACGGGAUACCGUGGCACGGCGGGUGAUGCCCUCAAGUAUCAUCAGGGUAUGUUCUUCAGCACGUGGGACCAAGACAACGACUCUACGGAUGUUAACUGUGCCCUAAUCCAUUCUGCUGGUUGGUGGUAUAAUAACUGCCAGAAUGCAAAUCUGAAUGCGGACUAUAGAAAUGGACUAGUCUGGUACGAUCCAGAUAAAUUAGAAAGUAUUCAUCUCAGCCGUGUCGAGAUGAAAAUCAGAAAAUGAACUCGCUGUAUUGUAGAUAGAAUUAAUUUAUUUAAUAAUAAUAAUUCGUAUACCGUCCUUAUCGAUACCAAAUUGGUAUCGGUACAGAUCGUUUCUUUUAAAAAUACGAGUGCCAAAGAGCUUACGUUUUUUUUAUUAUUAUUGUGCAAAAAUAUGUAAUAAAUUUGCUCAGAAUUUCUGUAAUUUUUUCAAUACUUUACAGCUUUAUCGAGAUCUCAGGAAUGCAAUAUUGCAGACAUUCAAUAUUGUAUUGUUCAUAAUAUAGUGUUCAUUUCUUCUUCUAGUGUUUCAUCUUGUAAAAUUUAAUGUUAGAAAUCCAUCAAAAUAUCAUUUUCGUUCCUAUUAUGUUAUAAAAAUCACAUAUGUAUACUGUAUUUCGUGCAGUGAUUUACGUUCAGUAUACGAAUUUCGUGGCCAAUAUUAUGUACAGAUAUAAA